AUGCGGCUCCUGUUCCUGGCGGUUCUGCGGCGGCACACGGGCAACGCCGUUACGGCCGAGCGCGUCCGGAGCCAUCUAGAAGCUGCAGGACACGUGUGCAUUCUGAAAGAUGCCUUUGACUUUGGAAGCCCAUCAGAAGUCGCAGACCUCAUCACAGCAGAGAACUUGGAGGCUGCUCUGGCUCUUCAUCUCUAUAGGGGAGGCAGACUUUUGCAAGGUCAUGGAAUUCCUUUUGGAAUCAUCUUUGGUGGAACUGACUUAAAUGAAGAUGCUAACCAAGGAGAAAAAAACAAAGUGAUGGGGCAAGUUCUUCAGGAAGCCAGAUUUGCUGUCGCCUUCACAGCGUCAAUGAAAGAAAUGGCACAAAUGCAGUGGCCGCAUGCUAAGGGUAAGAUCUAUGUCCAAAGUCAAGGAAUUACAACAAUACCAAACGCCGCCUUUAACUGGAACACCUUUCUUCAGCGUUCAGAGAUUAACCAAAGUGCUGACAACUUACACGUAUUUCUUCUGGUAUGUGGACUUAGACAAGUUAAAGAUCCUCUGUAUCUGGUGGAUGCGUUUUCAGAAUGGCAUAAAGAAGAGCCCAAUGUUUACAUGGUAAUUGUUGGUCCUGAAGUCGAUCCAGUGUUUACAAGGGAAGUAAAAGCCAAAGUGGAAAGGGUGGCUGGGGUACGAUUGCUGGGAGAGAUGCCUCAGGAAGAUCUGCACGCGGUGCUGAAGAACUGCUUCGCGAUGGUAAACAGCUCUGUCUCUGAAGGCAUGUCAGCUGCGAUUUUGGAGGCAAUGGACUUGGAAGUUCCAGUGCUGGCUCGGAACAUCCCUGGGAAUGCUGCCGUGGUGAAGCACGAAGUGACAGGAUUAUUGUUUUCAGGUCCUCAGGAGUUUGUUCAGCUGGCAAAGAGACUGGUUAGUGAUCCUGCAUUAGAAAGAGAAAUCGUGGCCAACGGAAGGGAAUACGUGAGAAUGUACCAUUCCUGGCAGGUGGAAAGAGACACAUACCAGCACCUCAUCACGAAGCUAGAAGGAGGCACGGAGGUCUGA